AUGUUCCUUGCAGGUGGGGCGGGGGGCAAGUUCUUCCAGCCUGGAAUGGAGUUGGAGGUCACCAUCUCCCCCUGCCACCUUUACCUCUCCCCCAGUUCACGCUUCUUCAGCAAUCAUCCGGCCUUCGGCACCUUCUGGAGCGGGAUGCUUCCUUUUAUUGGUCACAUCCUACGCUUCUUAGGUAACCUUGCUUGCGCUUCCAGGAUAAAGCGGUGUCGGAACUACUACGAAAUUCUGGGGGUGGAGAGGGACGCUAGCGAGGAGGACCUGAAGAAAGCCUACCGCAAACUGGCCCUGAAAUUUCACCCGGACAAGAACCGCGCUCCCGGAGCAACGGAAGCUUUUAAAGCAAUAGGCAAUGCUUUUGCAGUUCUGAGCAACCCUGAAAAACGAUUACGAUACGAUGAACUUGGAAGUGACCAAGAGCAUGUCAGCACUGGUCAGGCCAGGCAUUAUAAUUACUACACAGAAUUUGAAGCAGACAUUACACCAGAAGAAAUAUUCAAUGUGUUUUUUGGUGGGCACUUUCCUACAGGAAAUAUCCAUAUGUUCUCCAAUGUAGCCAGAGAUGCGCACUAUUAUCCACGGAGGCACCGAAAUGAAAGAGUGUGGACACAGGAGCAAGAGGAGGAAGAAAACAGGCCACAGAAUUCAUAUUCUGCAUUUAUUCAGUUGAUGCCAGUUUUCAUAAUAAUAAUAGUGUCAGUUAUAACUCAGCUGAUGGCCACAAACCCGCCCUACAGCCUAUUCUACAAAUCGUCCAUAGGCCACGUUAUUAGUAGAGAAACAGAGAACUUGCAGGUGCCUUACUAUGUUGAUAAAAACUUUGAAAGGAAUUAUCAAGGAGCAGACCUUAAAGAGCUAGAGAAAACCGUUGAAAAAGAUUACAUAGACUAUAUUCAGACCAGCUGCUGGAAGGAGAAACAGCAAAAGUCUGAUUUGUCAAAUUUGGCCAAGCUAUACAGAGAUGAGCGGUUAAAACAGAAAGCAGAAUCACUGAAACUUGAGCACUGUGAGAAGCUCUCCAGUCUGAUUGGAAUGCACAAAGGGGGCUGACCAGGGCACACACAUUCUGUAGUUUUAUUUAUUGCUAAUUUAACUUAUGUUUUUAUUUUCCUUUGUAUAAAAAGGGAAGGAGACUGUUGUAAAGAGUCUGAAUAUUGGAGUCCUGCAUCUGGUGCAGAGAUGGGCCAACACAAGCUGCAGAGCUAGUGUUUGCUAUAAUACAUACUCUACACAAUAUUUGGUUCUAAGGACCAGUGGCGCUUUGUAAAUUAAUUCCCUGGGAAACGCUAUUAGUUUGGAACCUGUCUUCAUCGGUAGUUUGUCUGCCAUCCAAACAGUAUAUACUUCCCAAGAGAGCAGACAAAUGUCUUAGCUUUCUGUAUUUUAUAUGGACCUGCAAUUCACUCGAUCAUAUGCACAGCGUAGUUCUCAGUAUUAAGUGCGCUAGCCUUCUCGUACUGAUAUCAAGCGGAUGUCCUUGCUUCUACAGUGGUUUUGUAAUGAGAACUUAGAUGGAAGGCGGCAUGUUUCCUGUUCGAGUGUAAUAUGCAAUGCUUAAUUCAGAAGAGUCAAGUACCUGCUUCAGGUGAGCACUUGAGCAGGCUCCCAGCUCUCCCUGCUGUCAAAGGGACAUAACCCCGUGCUUGUCUGACUGGAGGGGGCACGCUGAGAUGCCAGCAGCAACAUCGAACAAGAAGAUCGGAGUCUGUGAAUUGCACCAAUUCUGAUGUCUGCCAAACUGUAGAGAAAGGACAACUGUAUUUAUUUUCUCAUAUGUUUUCAGUGGCAUAUUUUUAAGCUGGCUGUCUAAUUCUGAUUUUUAUCUGCAAACUCUUCUCCAGCUGUUACAGGGGUCCUGCUCUUUCUGGUACAGUUUUGAUGUAGCAUAUUUUUACUCUGUUUAGCAGUUAUGAAUGUUUCACUGUAGAGAUUAGUAUUGCAAAGAAAAAGAUCCAUGUAGUAGUGUCCUGUUUUUUCUUGAUCCUCCUUUACGAAACCAGGCAUUUAAAGGCAGGUUGAGGAUGGGUUAUACUCGUCAGCAGCAGAGAACAGUGUUACUCCAGUUGAGCAUCAUUAAUCUCCUGAGCCAGUUUCUCUGGUGGGGUGCCGCGGGUGCGUACCACACGUGGAAUGAACUAUUCUAAGAAGGACAUCUCCGAGCGGUACAGGCACUGGAGGUGCAGGCUUCUGCCCUCCCUCCCUGACGUGGGGACUGAGCGUAGCCACAGCAGAGGCAGCACUCGCCUCUCUGACGUGGAAGUGCGUGUCUAUUAAAACUGAACAAGUCUCUGUUGUUGUCCCCGUUCCUAAAACUCGCUACAAGUAGCACAGGAUGCCACAGAUGGCCUUGGCUUAAACCUAGGAAACAAAAGUGCUCAAAGUUCAAGAAAUGCCAGAAUUAAAGUCACCUCUAAAGCUUAGACUUCAAGUCUCCACGUGCCUGGGCAUUACAGUGCAGUCGUGUGCUAGUGCUCUGCCCAUGCGCCGAGGUUGUCCCAUUGGCAUGGUGCACAAGUUGGCUGGUACUGAAAGCGGGGAACUGGGACCGAAGGUACCAGAAAGUGUCCCCUUGGUGUCCCUGUCCCAUCCGUUACAGUGGUGGGAGGUUGGGCAGCAAGCGAAGCUGGGAGCUGCAGGAAGAGAAGCUUUUCUGGUGGUCUGUGCCAGAGGAGGGGUUUUGAGACUUGGUGCUUCUGCAGAUGAGACGUACACACCCCAUAUAUGAUCAGACCAUUGUAACUACAGCAAUAUUGGUGCUAUGAAAUGGUGGUGUGUUAAAGAAAAAAUAAAAAGAACAACAUAGUGGCUCCUUAAAACAGUGUUUUCAUAUUAACAUUUGUUCCCUCUUGGGAAACUUUGUAGGAGUGCUUGGGGAAGUUGAGCAGAGUUUGUCAGCCACUCGGGACAGGAUGAGUGCCAGUGAAAAAGGCAUUUAGAGGGGGUUGUUGUGAACCAUCUUGAGUGCAAGACUCUGCAAGGGCAAAAAUGUUUGAUUUUUUUAGAUUGGUAAUGUGGCUGGCAGUGGGACAGGCAGCUUUAAUUCUGGUAUUUCCCAGGUUUGAGCACAUAAUAUGAGUGCAUACAAAAAGAAAAAUUCUUUUAAUGUUGCUUUUUAUAUAUUAAAUAGUUUGUAGAAUAUAUUUGAAAUCUAUUAAAGUGGCUGGACUUUGUUCCAUGUUUGAUAUCUUCCCUGUCAUUCCUGUUUGACUCCCAUGGCUAUAAAGUGAUACAGGUGGGGAGACCAAACACGACAACUUUACUGGACCUGUGAUGUCCUGUACGGAGCUUGAAUUCAUACGUAGUAUUUUGCACUUAAAAUGGAUUGCACCUUUCAUCCAAAGAUCUCAGAGUGCUUUAUGGAGGUGGGAGGUCUCCUGUGAGAAGCACAAUGAUUUUAAGUCUUCUCUGCAACUAGGAAAAGAGGCCAGGAUGAAGCAGAAGGUCAAACUGGAAGGUAAAAAUAUUUCAAAAAGCAAUAAGAUGUUCUUUGUUUGUAAUCAGAGUCAAGGGUGUUACGGAUGACUAUUUGCAUGCCAGUGUUGUAGGCUGUGAAUAAGGGCAUUUGGCUCCACAAUGUCUUCGGUGACCGGCUCGAGAACUUCCUUUUGUAAAGCGCUGGCAUCCUACUCAAAAGGAAAAUCGUUAUCUCGUGCCCGUGGCUAUUCAAACGCAUUGCUGUCACUAACCAAAGGUUACUUGCCAUUGACUUCUGAUAAUUUCUUGGGUCUCUAAAGGGAGAAAAAGGUGUUCCCUGAGCAGGCCUGUUCGCUUGGAGCAGUGCAGUGGGAUGCUCUUGUUUCUUGGGGAA